AGUAAUUCAUGGUCGGAUGGAAAAUUGCUGAGCAGCGAUGAACAAUAAUUAAGAAAAGUUUCAUGCGUGCGGACUCCAAACGUGUCGCCAGAAAAUUUAUGUAACCUGCUGGUACAGCACAAAAACCAGCGGAUUACAGGUAGACGGAUUCAUCCUACUUGAUGCAGAAGUACGGGAGAAAGAAAAUAUGCGUCCUGGAAGAACCAUGGGUAACAGUGUUGGCACCCCAGGCCCGCAGGGGUAUGAAAACAACCCCUCACACUACCAGGCUUACUUGAAAUGCCCGGCUUGCCCCGGCGUCCUGCUGUGUCCUCUGAACAGCGAGGGUCAGCCUUAUCAGUUCAGCCAGUGUUCCCAGAUGCCCCAGCUUCACCAUUUCUGCACCUCCUGCCUGUCCCCCUGGCUGCCUUCCAGCGAGGCUAGCGGUGGAUGCUGCAGCAACAGGUCCUGCCAGGUGGUGAGCACACUUCUCACCUGUGACACAGUCAAGGAUCCUCAGAGCAGGGUUUUUGGCUGUCCCGUCUUUCGAGCUUGUCCCAAAUGCUACAGUCUGAUCAUGCACACGAAAGGAUGUAAAUAUGUGACGUGCCCCACCUGCCACCACAGAUUUUGCUUUAUGUGCCUGCAGAGAAGUGAAGAAUGUCAGAAGGCAAAAGAUUUGUACUGGUCACUGUCCUGCACAAAACCCAUGGCAGAACGACAACGCUUUCUGACUUAGAAAAUACGCUUGUGUCUU